ACAGAGCGCACAAUGAUGAAGAACACACCGGGACACAUCCACAAAAAUCCUUUACAUAGAUCAGUGUUCGUCUCAUAUUUACACACAAUGAUAUGACCUUUAAAAUCAUAACGCUGUGUUGUCCAAAUUGCCAACUGAAUUUACCACGGAAAUCAUUUUCACUUUCCGGUUGGUGAGGGACCCAGUGUGAAAAUGAGCUCUCGGAACACAAAGAAAGCUCCAGACAGUGGAUGGGGUUGGGCCAUUGUGAUUGCCUCUUUCAUGGGGCAGCUCCUGGCCUACGGCUCGCCCCAGUCUGUGGGUGUGCUUUACACAGAGUGGCUCAAUACCUUCCAGGACAGCAAAGGCAUGACAGCAUUGGUUGGCUCUCUUGUGUCUGGGGUUGGACUCAUUGCUAGCCCCAUCUGCAGUGCCUGUGUAGUGAACUUUGGGGCCAGACCUGUGACCUUCUUCAGCGGAAUUAUGGUGUCUGGUGGGCUUAUGCUUAGUGCUUUUGCACCCAAUGUUCAGUUUCUUGUAUUCUCCUAUGGGAUAGUUGUUGGACUAGGCUGUGGAUUUGUUUAUGCUGCUACUGUUACCAUCACCUGCCAGUAUUUCGACAAGAGACGUGGUCUUGCUCUUGGCAUUGUAACAACAGGUACAAGUAUCGGAGGUUUUCUUUAUGCCAGUGUGCAGAACAUGUUCAUUGCGCUCUUUGGACUCGACGACUGCCUUUUGCUUAUUGGUUGUUUUGCACUAAACAUCAUUGCGUGUGCUGGACUCAUGAGACCGUUGCAUCUACCUGCCUACUACUUCAAACAGAGAGCAGCACUGGCCGAGAAGGCAGAGGAGAAGGUUCUGGAAAAGACCCCUGUCGUGGAGGACCCCAUCAAGAAGAAUCAGCCCGUCACCAACGUGCUCAUCACAGAAGAAAUUAAAAAGUCUCCAGCUUAUGAGAAGAGCCUCCAUGUGGCAUUGGUGCAGCUCCUGAAAAAGAAACAGAAAGAGUAUUCUGAAUAUUUGCACUCGACAGGUGUACUGUUUCAGAACAGGGUCUUCUCGGCCAUGUGCGUGUCUUUGCUUCUCUUCUGCCUGGGAGCGUAUACCCCGCUUCUCUACCUGGAGGAUCUGGCCCAAUGCGAGGGUCUGAUUGAUGGUAUCAGCACCAUCCCUCUGGUCUCAAUCAUAUCCAUUGCAGCUGGAGUGGGGAAGCUUCUGCUGGGUAUCACGAUGGACAUCCGCUGGAUGAACAGCAUCUUUCUCUACGCCUUCACUCUGCUGGGCACCGGGGUGGCUAUUCUCAUGAUCCCCGUCACCAAGAACUAUGCUGGGCUGCAGGUCAUCUCAGCGGUGCUGGGAUUUUUUUACGGGAACUGGUCCGUCAUACCGUACAUGACCACUAAGGUUGUGGGAAUGGAUCGUCUGACAGAGGCAUAUGGGAUCUUGAUGUUCUUCAGUGGAUUUAGUAUAAUGCUUGGACCACCAGUCGCAGGCUGGAUUUAUGACUGGAUGCACUCUUAUGACCUGGCUUUCUACUUCAGUGGAAGCUUCCCGUUGCUGGGAGGAGCUGGUCUUUUCCUGUUCGCCUUGUCUUGCUGUAACAAGAACGAGGAUGAAACCAACACACUAGAUGAAGAAUACACUGACAAAUGUGAUGCAGUGGCUACUGUGGCCUAAACACACGACUAAGUGCUUUAUAUGUUGACAACUUAUUGUCACACUCUGUAUAUACAUAAAAAGCGGAUGCUCGCUUUUUAUUAUUAUUUUUAUUAUGGGAUUUUUGCCUUGAUUCAGACAGAGAUGUGACAGGAGAUGAUGAGAGUCAUUGGGAAAUGACUUGAGCUGGAUUCAAACCUAAGCACCACAAUGCCACACAUCAGAGCAUGUGCACUACUCUAUCACUGACACGUAAGUGUAUUUUUACAGAGCAUGCUACACUGAAGAAAACCAGCAAAUAAAAUAAGGACUGUCCUUACUGAUUAUUCACAGCCUUGUUUUCAGAGGCCUCUGUGUACAAAAAUGGGUUGCACUUUAUUUACACUUAUUUUACAGUGUGUGUACUUUCAGUAGACUUACAGUGUACUUACACAAGAAAGUACUGAGUAAUAUUAGGUAACUACAUGUACUUAAUAUGGGUUGAGGUUAGGGUUGGGUUCAGGGUUAGUACCUAGUAAUUAGUUGUUGUAAUUAUAUAUUAAGUAAAUGUAGAAUAGUACUGUCAAAUAAAGUGCUACCCAAAUUCUUUUACUGCAAGGACUGUAAGGUGUCUUUUUAAAUAUAUGCAGUGCUGUGAAAAAGUAUUUUUUCACAGAUUUCUUUUAUUUCUGUGUAUUUUACAUACUAAAUUGUUUUAAAUCUUCAAAUGAGAUAUAACAUAAAACAAAGGCAACCUUUGUAUUUUAAACACAAAAUACAGUUUUGAAAUAUAUAUUAUAUUUUUUUAUUGAAGCAAAAAAUGUUAUCCAACAUCUAUAUCACCCAUGUAAAAAACGAACUGCCCCCUUAAACUUAAUAGCUGGUUAUGUCACCUUUAGCAGCAACAACUGCAACCAAACGUUUCCGAUAACUGGAGAUCAGUCUUUCACAACGCUGUGGUGGAAUUUUGGCCCACUCUUCAUUGCAGAACUGCUUUAGUUCAGCCACAUUAGAGGGUUUUUGGCCAGUAUCUUUCUGAUAGUGGAGUCAUGAACAGUGACCUUUAUUGAUGCGAGAGAGGCCUGCAGUUCCUUGGAUAUUGUCCUUGUUUUUGUGACUUCUUGAAUGUGUCGUCGCUGUGCUCUUGGAGGAAUUUUGGAAGGUUGGCCACUUAUGGGAAGGUUCACUACUGUGCCAAGUUUUCGCCAUUUGGAGAUAAUGGCUUUCACCGUGGUUCUUUGGAGUCCCAGAGCCUUUGAAAUCGCUUUGUAACCCUUCCAAGGCUGAUGUAUUUCAGUCACCAUUUUCCUCAUCAUUUCUGGAAUUUCUUUUGACCUUGGCAUAGUGUGCUACUGGGUGAGACCUUUUAGCCAACUUCAUGCUGCUGAAAAAGUUCUAUUAAGGUGUUGAUUUGAUUUAACAGGGCUGGCAGUAAUCAGGCCUGGGUGUGUCUAGUCCAGCUGAACCCCAUUAUGAAUGCAGUUUCAUAUAUAUGGGGAUUUAGUAACUAAGAGGGCAAAUACAUUUUCACACAGGCCCAGUUGGUAUUGGAUAACUUUUUAUUUUGUGUUUACUCAGAUUGCCUUUGUUUUAUGUUAGAUUUUGUUUGAAUUUUUGAAAUAAUUUAGAAUGAGAUACAUUCUAAAUUUUCACAGCACUGUAGAAAGUGUGUCCUGUGAGGUUCAAUCUUCAGUGUCAUUUGUCACCAACUUAAGGCCACGUCCACACUAACACAUUUUAGUUCAAAAGGGUGUUAAUUUUGCUACGUUUACACCUCUUAUCCACACUGGAAUGGCAUUUUCCAACAGGAAAAAUGUCUCCAUUACAUACAGUUGUGCUCAAAAGUCUGAAUGUUUUCUAUGAUUAAAUGUCAGGAAUUGUGAAAAACUGAGUUUAAAUGUAUUUGGCUAAGGUGUAUGUAAACUUCUGACUUCUGCUGUAGUCACCUAAUAUGACAAUAUCACAACUAAAAUCUAUCAACUAAAUAAUUAACAAAAAUAAUUAUAACCGAUACAUUUGUUUGUGAAUAAAUGCAGUACAAUAUACAGUUGUGCUCAAAAGUUUGCAUACCCUGGCAGAAAUUGUGAAAUUUUGGCAUUGAUUUUGAAAAUAUGACUGAUCAUGCAAAAAAACUUUUAUUUAAGGAUAGUGAUCAUAUGAAGCCAUUUAUUAUCACAUAGUUGUUUGGCUCCUUUUUAAAUCAUAAUGAUAACAGAAAUCACCCAAAUGGCCCUGAUUAAAAAGUUUACAUACCCUUGAAUGUUUGGCCUUGUUACAGACACACAAGGUGACACACAAAGGUUUAAAUGGCAAUUAAAGGUUAAUUUCCCACACCUGUAGCUUUUUAAAUUGCAAUUAGUGUCUGUGUAUAAAUAGUCAAUGAGUUUGUUAGCUCUCACGUGGAUGCACUGAGCAGGCUAAAUACUGAGCCAUGGGGAGCAGAAAAGAACUGUCAAAAGACCUGCGUAACAAGGUAAUGGAACUUUAUAAAGAUGGAAAAGGAUAUAAAAAGAUAUCCAAAGCCUUGAAAAUACCAGUCAGUACUAUUCAAUCACUUAUUAAGAAGUGGAAAAUUCGGGGAUCUCUUGAUACCAUGCCAGAAGAAUUGUUCGGGAUACAAAGAAAAACUCACAAGUAACCUCAGGAGAAAUACAGGCUGCUCUGGAAAAAGACGGUGUGGUUGUUUCAAGGAGCACAAUACGACGAUACUUGAACAAAAAUGAGCUGCAUGGUCGAGUUGCCAGAAAGAAGUAUGCCCGACAACACCUUGACAGCUUCUGGCACACUGUAAGUUGGAGUGACGAGACCAAAAUAGAGCUUUAUGGUCACAGCCAAAGUUGAGGGGUCAACAAGGCCUAUAGUGAAAAGAAUACCAUCCCCACUGUGAAGCAUGGUGGUGGCUCACUCAUGUUUUGGGGGUGUGUGAGCUCUAAAGGCACAGGGAAUCUUGUGAAAAUUGAUGGCAAGAUGAAUGCAGCAUGUUAUCAGAAAAUACUGGCAGAAAAUUUGCAUUCUUCUGCAUGAAAGCUGCGCAUGGGACGCUCUUGGACUUUCCAGCACGACAAUGACCCUAAGCACAAGGCCAAGUUGACCCUCCAGUGGUUACAGCAGAAAAAUGUGAAGGUUCUGGAGUGGCCAUCACAGUCUCCUGACCUUAAUAUUAUCAAGCCACUCUGGGGACAUCUCAAAUGUGCGGUUCAUGCAAGACGACCAAAGACUUUGCAUGACCUGGAGGCAUUUUGCCAAGACGAAUGGGCAGCUAUACCACCUGCAAGAAUUUGGGGCCUCAUAGACAACUAUUACAAAAGACUGCACGCAGUCAUUGAUGCUAAAGGGGGCAAUACACAGUAUUAAGAACUAAGGGUAUGCAGACUUUUGAACAGGGGUCAUUUCAUUUUUUUCUUUGUUGCCAUGUUUUGUUUUAUGAUUGUGCCAUUCUGUUAUAACCUACAGUUGAAUAUGAAUCCCAUAAGAAAUAAAAGAAAUGUGUUUUGCCUGCUCACUCAUGUUUUCUUUAAAAAUGGUACAUAUAUUACCAAUUCUCCAAGGGUAUGGAAAUUUUUGAGCACAACUGUACAGUAUGUAACGGGACGCUUGCUAUGGAAAACAAGUAUGUGGGACCUCGCGGCACACAUACUUGUUUCCCAUAGCGUCAGCUCGACGCAGCGUCGAAGUGAGCAUGAAAAAGAUCUCCAUAACUGUAUACUUUGGAAAACAAUUUCAAACGAAAACAGAUUAGUGUAGAUGUGGCCUCAGAGAAGCAAUCUUUUCAAACAUCUUAAGUUUGAGAGAUGGUUGUAUGAUAUUUUUGUAAAGACAUGCAGCACAACACUACAAACAAAUGUAUUUAUUUUUAUUAUUGUUUAAUAAUGUCACAACCUGAAAAGCAUUCGUCAGUGUUUGGGCAGGUGAGAGAUUUGUUGUGGGUGUUGUUGAUGUAUUUAUUUGUUUUGAUUUUUGUCUUUGUGAAAUGCUGUACCUGAUGGGUAAAACUGUUUUAGUAGUUCAUACGGGUUAGGCAAGUACAGCAGUACACUACUGUGCUUUUGUUAUUGAGGGCACAUUGGAUGCUUUUGCCUUGUUAUAAAAUAAAUCACAUUACAGGGUAAACAGUGUAAAGUGACAGAUUUGAGAAUGCUGGGUUUUCUUUGUUACAGACAGUUUUAAGUAACUUAAAAAAACAUGCAAUUAAUGUAUUUAAGAUUUUUUUAUUAUCAUUUGUAUACUGUACUGUUUGAAAUACCUGCUCUUAUUGACUGUUUUUACACACUUUGCAUCAGGUUGUGUAUGUUUGUAUUUGUACUGCUUUCUGUUUUUUUUUUUUUUUUUUUUUAGUUAAAAACUCUCUCAUAAUUUUCUCACCCUCAUGCCAUUCCAGAUGUGUAUGACUUUCUUUCUUCUGCUGAACACAAGAUUUUUAGAAUAAUAUCUCAGCUCUGUUGACCCAUACAAUGCAAGUGAAUGGUGAUCAGACCUUUGAAGCUCCAAAAAGGAGAUAAAGUCAGCAUGAAGGCAAUCCAUAAAACCCCAGUGGUUUAAUCAAUGUCUUCAGAAGCAAUCCAGUUGGUUUUGGGUGAGAACACACCAAAGCAAACUCCUAUUUCACUGGACUUCUUCCUAUUACAGUCUCUAGACACAAUCAUGAUUUCAAGCUCAAUUACACUUCCUAGUGCCUGACGAAUGAGCAGACCGCUAGAUGGUGCUAUAGGAACUGUAAUCGAGCUUGAAAUCAUGAUCACCAAGGAAACUGGUGUAAAGAUGUACAGUGAAAAAGGAGUUAUAUUUCGGUCUGUUCUCACCCAAAACCAACUGGAUCACUUCAGAAGACAUUGAUUAAACAACUGGAGUUUGAUGGAUUAUGUUUAUGCUGACUUGAUCUGCCUUUUGGAGCUUCAAAGGCCUGGCCACCAUCCACAAAGCUGAGAUGUUCUACUAAAAAUCUUUGUGUUCAGCAGAAGAAAGAAAGUCAUACACAUCUGGGAUGGCUUGAGGGUGAGUAAAUUAAUUUUCAUUUUUGGGUGAACUUACCCUUUAAAAAUGUAACUAUAAUAGUUGCUACGUCCAUGUUAAUAAUGUUAAAACAUCAACAGAAACAUUUAGGUUAUGGCACAUUAUGUCUAUUUGACCUUUCAAUGAAUUAGUCUUGUCAGUUGUUAUUUAUGUUUCUAGUAAUAUUUUGUUGUUUACAUUUUUUACGUGCUUUUUAUUAUUAAAGAAUUGUCAACAAAA